CUGACAACUGUUGAACGUGUGCAGAUACACUGCGACAGAGCUCACAUGCACUUUGUCCGUUGCAGUACAGACAAAGCCUCUUUCGAUCCCGUUCUAUUAUUUUUCCGUAUUCUGAAUGUCUGUCGCUGAGAAGAGUGGACAAUAAGGUGACAGUUUCAGCUGGACUUCAGGGUUUGUCGUCUACAGUAGGAUCUCCUCACAUGAGUGAACAGUGUUGUAAUGGCAGAUGGAUAUGAAUUUGACCUGAACUACAUUACAGAGCGCAUCAUUGCCUUAAGUUUCCACCAGUCCUGCACAGAGCAGACCUACCAGCACAACCUGCGCAGUAUCACGCACAUGCUGCAGUCCAAACAUGCUGAUCAAUACAUGGUCAUCAACUUAUCUGAACCCAGGGAUGACCUCAGCAGAAUGAAUCCCAGGGUGGUGGACUUGGGCUGGCCAGAGCAGCAUGCUCCAUCCCUUCAUCUGCUUUGUUCAGUGUGUAAAAGCAUGGACAACUGGCUCAGUGCACACUCUGAACAUGUGCUACUCCUACACUGCAAAGGCAGCAAAGACAGGGUGGGUGUGGUAAUAUCCUCUUUCAUCCAGCUGUCUUAUGUUUCAACCAGUGAGGAGCAAGCAUUGGAUCUGUACUCCAUGAAGAAAUUCUGCAGUGAUAAAAUGGCAAACCUCAUGACUCCAUCACAGAAAAGGUAUGUGCAGGUGUUUGGCAAGCUGCUAACCCGUCAGGUCCACAUGAACUCUUCCCCUCUAUUCAUCCAUCAUAUCAAUAUCCAUCCCAUUCCUGAUUUUCACCCUACAGUGUGUCAGAUGUUUAUCCGAGUGUAUCAAGGCCUGCAGACUGUAUACACAACAGGAGUACAUCAGCUUGCUGUAGAUCAAAUGGACAGAAUGUGUUUUGUUCUGGAACCCCCACAGAUGUUCAAAGGUGAUAUCAUGAUUGCAUGUUAUCAUAAAAAUGUUUCCAUGAGGACCCAUGAGAUAGUGUUUAGUGUGCAGUUCCAUACAGGCUUUCUGUGUGGACAAAUGCUUUCUCUGAAGAAAGAAGACCUUGAUCAUGCAAACAAAGAUCCAAGAUUUCCAGAGAACGGUGUGGUGGAGGUGCUGUUUUCCAAGAACGUUGAAGGAGAUCCAUCCCUUGCUUCAGGUUGUGGUUGUGUUGAAAAUGACCAUCUAGAUUCACUGGCUCAGUGGGACUCAUGUGAAAAUGUUCCAGCAGGAGCCAAGCCACAUGAAGGCACCAACUCUCUGAGCAGUGACUCUGGACUCUCUAGCUCCUCCCAGUGGACUGGAGGACUAGUCUCUGGGCUCCAAGUCAGCUACAGCUCUGAGGAGCAGACCCAACUCCAGAGAGCUAUCCCUGGACUCAGAAUGGAGGAGGAACCACCUUCUCCAGGCAUCACACGGCCUGACCCUAAAGCUAUCAGUUGUAGAGAUGCUGCAUUUGAUAACUCUAGACACUUAAAUGGUGAAGCUAUGUUUAAAGAGCGUGAAACAGACAUUAUAGAUGAUGACGACGAUAUCCCCACCCCUAAUGAUGCAAUUGCUGCUGUUUCAGACUCUAAAGAGACACUUUCUUCAAGGGAAAAGUCUGGUUUGUCUUCACUUAGAGGUGAACAAAGAUGUCAGAACUCUGUCCAAUCAGAUGUUGGUCAAGGGGUGAAUUCCUCAAACACUCUUACACGCACAUCAGUAUCUACUGGAUAUCAGACACAUAUAUGGGUGAAACAGCAGCAGUCGGUAUCAACCAGUUCUUACACGCACACUCCAUCAGACAGAUUGGAAGGAAGGGAGGAGAUGGAGCUCUGCAAGGGUGCAAGCAAACCCUCAUUACCUGGCAAUGGCUUUCCAGAGGCGCAGUCAGAGGCAGACAAGAAUGAUGAGUUCGCUACGCUUGCUUUGGAUAUAGAUCAAUCAAUUGAACAGCUUAAUCAGCUUAUCCUGGACCUAGACCCUGAGUUUGAGCCAGUCCCCACACAGGCAAGGGGUCACAUGACCCGUUCAGCCUCCCUGCACACCAAUGGAAAGAUGCACUCUGGUGGAAGGGCCAAAGACAUGCAAUCUGGUUGGAGGCAAAAACAGCUCAGUGAUGUCUCUGAAUACUCAAUACUACGGAGUGCAGGUAGUGAUCUAACCCAGAACAUCCAGACCUUUGCCAUCUGCAAGCCAUCUCAGCGAAGUCUGUAUCACACUGACAGAGCUGAGUUUGGUGACCUCACUCCAGAGGUUGACAGUCCACCAUGGGAGGGCCUUAACCAAGUUCCACCCACACCAGCUUUCCCUGUGUCACCUCCCACUCCAUAUGUGAAGAGUGUUCAUGACUUCAUCCCUUCAAAUACUGGCUCUCAAACCAAUAAACACAACAUGACAUUUUCAACAUGGCAAGAGUCACGAGGAUACGUGGACAGCAUUACACACACGUCCACGUCAUCAGACAGUGAGAUCUUCCACUCAGAAGUCACAGGAAGUCCUGCCUCCUGUCAGAGGAUGUUUGGAUCCAUGCGUUCUAUCUCGACACCCAGCCCAUUGGUCAAUACAGACAGCCCCACUCCAGCUCAUUCCUGGUUAGAGGGCGGCUCCAGCACCCCCCUUAGUCACUACACCCCCCAACCCUCCCCCCCCAUCACCCUGUCUGCCCCCAACUCCCACAGCUCUCCGCGUGGGGCUCACCGGAGCCUGUCCUCCUCUCUGGAUGUCGGGGGACUGGAGAGCAGCCUGCUGGAGGCAGUAGAAGGUCUGGAGGCCCUGGGUCUAGAUGUGGCUCAACCUCCCCUUCUACCCCUGAAGAGGAGAGGAACAGACGGGCCAGAGACAAUGCUCAGUUCCUCUUUCAACAGGAGUGGAAUCAGUGCGUCUUUUGCCAGUCAUAACACCUCACCUACUAGAUCUACGCCGAGUCCAGAUUUCCUUGCCAGUAAAACUGAAAAUGUGAAGUUCGUUCAGGAUACGACAAAGUUCUGGUACAAGCAGGACAUCUCUAGAGAGCAAACAAUUGCCAUUCUCAAGGACAAAGAGCCGGGCUCCUUCAUCAUCAGAGACAGUCACUCAUUCAGAGGAGCUUAUGGAUUGGCCAUGAAGGUGGCUACGCCCCCACCCUCUGUUCUACAGCAAAGCAGAAAAAUGGGGGACCUGUCCAAUGAGCUUGUGCGACACUUCCUGAUUGAAUGCACACCGAAAGGUGUACGGUUAAAAGGGUGCCCUAAUGAACCAUAUUUUGGAAGCCUCACAGCUUUAGUGUGCCAACAUUCAAUCACACCCUUGGCGUUACCCUGCAGACUCAUCAUCCCGAGCAGAGACCCUCUAGAGGAGAUGAAUGAAUCUCAAACACAGUCAUCAACAAACUCUGCAGCAGAGCUACUAAAACAGGGAGCAGCGUGUAACGUGUGGUUCCUGGGCAGUGUGGAGCUGGAGUCUUUGACAGGAGUUCAGGGCGUUCAAAAGGCCACGACUGUGAUCUUUAGUAUGGAUCCGCCACCCACAUCCACUGUAGUUCACUUUAAAGUGUCUUCACAGGGAAUUACACUCACAGACAACCAGAGGAAGUUGUUCUUUAGGAGACACUAUGCCGUCAGCACAGUGAUAUUCUGUGCCCUCGAUCCUCAGGACAGGAAGUGGAUGCGAGAUGGCUGCUCAGCUGCAAAGAUUUUUGGCUUCAUCGCAAGGAAAAGUGGAAGCAGCACAGAGAAUAUGUGUCACCUGUUUGCUGAACAUGACCCUGAACAGCCCGCCAGUGCCAUUGUCAACUUUGUCUCCAAGGUGAUGAUAGGCUCUCAGAAGAAAUAGACAAUAUUACACAUAGAGAUUCCUACUGAACUGCAUUGGGGACUGCUGUUGCCAUGAAAAAAGCCAUGGAAGCUGGCAUUGCAUUAAACCACAAACAACAAACAUUGGAGACUGCUGUGUUCUUACCUUCAAAUGUGUAGGCCCAAAGCACAGAGUAACAGUUUCAUUCCUGUUCUGUUAGCGGCUUUACUUGCUGAUGGCAUUUGAUUGUGAUUAGACAGUAAACAUCAGUAUGGUCAAAGAUGAAACUUUAUUCUGUGACUUUUACUCCCUAUUUUGGGACGAGAUACAUUCCAAAGGGAGUUUUUGUGAUUCUUGCCCAUGCAUUACAUAGCAUGUCCAGUAGGGGGAGACACAUUUCUUUGGUUAACUAUCACUCUUACAAUUAUUUUUCCAGUUCUAUUUCAUAUUGCUAGUGGCACAGAAAUCACUGAGGAUGUGUCCAAAAAUCAUGGAGGUGUAACUGCAGAUUAGAUUCUUUGAUCUGUCUCGGCACACAUCCACAUGAAGUCGACCAAAGUGCUCACAUUUUCAUAUUAAUUAACAAAACUUUAAUGUCUUCGAUUUUAUAAAUAAAUGUGUACAUUAUCAGAUAUCCCUAUUAACAUUUUUAUAGUUCAAAAUAUUUAGUAAUUUUUUUUUUUAUCUGUGUAUUUCUUUGUUUAUGUGGGGUGAGCUAACAUUUACAGUCAAUUAUAAGUGGUUGCCUUAAAAAAAAUCAUAUUGACUUUGACCUUGUUUAUAUAUAUUUGGAAAUAUUUAUCAUAUAACUCAUAUUCAUCUUUUACACAUGGCAUGAGUGUUCAGUUAUGCCAGUUGUCAGAUUAUAAUGGAUAACACUCUUGGUAUUUGAUAGAUCGCCUUGUGUGAGAUGUGCAAGAUGACAUCAAAUGGGCAAGACCUAUAAAUUCCCAAACUCACCUUGCAAAUUCUUUUACUGAAUAAGUGUAUAAAUGCUUUUCAAAUGGUAAAGGUGAAAAGUUUCACAUGGGAUUCAUCUGAAGCAGACAUGAAUAUGUAAACCGCACCAGUCUUACUUUAAGAAACAAGUACCACAUUCUGGAAAGGCAGUUCUGUGAUGGAGUUUGUUUUCUAUCACGUUUCUUGUCCAGCCAAACUAUUUUUGUAUAUUUUUAAAUUAAUGUUUUAUUUACAGUAACGGGGCAGACUGGGAAGAGAAAUCGGCCGUGGAUUUUACCUGGGCCAAAAGUUGUUGAGCGGGGGAGGGGUGUGUGAGGGGUGUCGCUGUCCUUUUUUGCAUAUCGUGGCCCCCUUCGGCAUAUCGUGGCGUCGUUUUGCGGCCCUCUUCAGCCUGUCGCGGCCCGUUCAGCAUAACACGGUGGCCCGGUUCUCCCUAUGGCCAGUCCGCCCCUGUACUGUAACAUACAUGCACAGAAUACAAUAAAGAAAUUGUAUGGUUCUAAAUGUAUGUUAUGAUAUGAUGUCUAUCAUGAGCUGCCAUUGACAUGCCAGUAUUUUGAGGCCAAAAGCAUAUUCUAUGCAAGUAUACAAAUGCAGAUGCGAGAGCUCAGCCAGUGCAGCUCAAGUUGUACAUUCUUAAAGGGGUCAAGAAAUGCUCUUUUUUUAUAGUUUCAUUAUCUUCCCUGAGGUCCACUGAUAAUGUUAGUAAAGUUUUUUUAAAUUUGUUUUCACCAAAACAUUCAUAAUUUUGUAAUAUAUGAUAAUUUUCCA